AUAGAGAUACGUAUAAAGCAAAUAACAUGCAUAAAGAAAAAAUCUAUGCUAUAUUUCAAAGAUGAAGAUGAAUAAAAGUGGCUCUCCUUGUCGAGCUUUAUGACAGUCGAGAAAUUACGAGGAAUGUUGUUAUGUACUUGAUUCAGGUGAAUUGUAGUUUUUCCAGAUUCAUAAUUUUAGCAUAGAGCAACUUUUUACGAGUACUCGAGCGAAAAAAAAAGUAGUCGAGAGAUGUUGUCGAUCGUUGAGUUGGAUCGCAAUCGAGCUGGAAAAGCUGAGCAGCUUUUGAGCGAUCGUCAUCAUCGCAUUAAAAAGUAUCGAAGGAAGUCGCCGAGACGGCGAAAGCAAUCACGAAACGGAGAAGAAAAAAACACGAACUCGUGUCAUUUUGAAGCGCCGUAGCACUACGUAGAGGCUUGACAGACUGUAGACGCAGGCAGGCAGUGGCAGAGAGACGACGACGACUGCCACAAUAUUGGAAUAAAUCGUCGCCGCAGUGGAUCGCGUCUGCUCGAGCGCGUUGGACGAGGCGCCUGCAGCUAUAUCAUCGAUGCUCGAUGCGCUCCGGUGCGGGACAGCACACUUAUUAGUGGACUCGCUUUUAGAAUAUCGAGCUCGGGUCAAUCGAGAUGCCUGACACGGCGAGAUCGGAGAAGACGACCGGGCACCGAUCGGCAAGCACCUUGGCUUUCGUGAUCCUUGCCGCUACCAUUGGCUACUCCAGUUUCAAAAUGUCCGCUUCGAUCGCUUGGUGCUGGACGUUCGCCGGCGAUUAUUUACAAGCACAAUGGAAUAGACUGAUCGAUACUUUCGGAGACGAUCCAGCGCUUUAUUGGAUAUACGGUACGACACUGGUAGCUUUCGUAACUUACUGGUUUGUGGGCGGCCUCUUCCUGAUCGUUGACCUGACUGGUUUCCCAUCCUUUAUUCGCCGCUACAAAAUCCAACCGGGCGUGAACGAGCCCGUGUCGAAAAUCCGCAUCCUGCCGGUGCUCUUUCAAGUACUCUUCAAUCAGAUCGUCGUCGGUUUACCAGUGGCUUACGGAUUCUAUAGGCUGGUCGUUUGGCGCCAAGUACCGGAGCUCCGCCAGCUGCCGAGCUUCCGGACGGCCUUCGGCCAACUGCUCACGAUGAUCGUGAUCGAGGAGAUCGGCUUCUAUUACUCGCACCGGCUGCUGCACCAUCCUUCGAUCUAUCGCUUCGUGCACAAGCGCCACCACGAGUGGCAGGCGCCCAUCGCCAUCGUCUCCAUCUAUUGCCAUCCCCUCGAGCAUGUGCUGUCGAAUCUGUUGCCGAUCGCCUCUGGCAUACUGAUCGUCGGUGCUCACGUCUUCGUCGCUAAAAUUUGGAUCUUCAUUGCGAUCGUUAAUACUCUCAACUCGCAUUCGGGCUAUCAUUUGCCCUUCGCCAUGUCGCCGGAGAUGCACGAUUUUCAUCAUUUGAAAUUUACCGAGUGUUACGGUAUACUAGGCGUACUGGACUUCGUUCACGGCACCGAUCGAUUAUUUCGUCAAACUAAAGCUUACCAGCGCAACAUCAUUUCGUUCAAUUUGAAACCUCUGCGUGAACUCAUAUCCGACCGUGACCAAGAUCUGUUGGACGGAGACACAUGUAGUACCAGUGAGUCUAUUUUCCCAAAGGUACCAAAGACUUUUUCCCCUGAAUGAGUCAAAUGUUUUCGUUGAUAAUCUUUCGUCGAUGAUACAUGCAGUAAAACCAAAAGUUCAUCUAUUCAACGACGAUUAGGUUUGACAUUAGGAUUAUAAAAAAUUUAAACACAUUGAAUGAUAUAUUAUUUUCUGUAAUCAAAAUAAUUUUUUACUUUAUUUUUAUAAAAUGUACAAUAGUUUAACGUUACAAGUGUAGUGCGUUCAUAUGGUGGUACUGAGUGGUUUUCGGUGAAUUAUAUUAAAGUAAUGCGGUUCACUGAAAUAUUUUCUUAAUAUAAAUAAAUGAAAAAACAUUUUUUAAUCA